AUGGCUGAUACUGCUGCUCCUGCCGCUGCCCCUGCUCCUGCGAGCCCCACCAAGGCUAAGAAGCCUAAGGCUCCGAAGGCCGCUGGUGCCAAGAAGGUUGUCCCUGCACACCCUCCUACGGCCCAGAUGGUCAACGCCGCCAUCAAGAACUUGAAGGAACGCGGAGGUUCCUCCCUUCAAGCGAUCAAGAAGUACAUCGCCGCAACCUAUAAGAUCGAUGCUGAGAAGCUUGCUCCUUUCAUCCGCAAGUACCUCAAGUCUGCCGUCACCGAUGGCAAGUUGGUGCAAACCAAGGGCAAGGGUGCCUCUGGUUCCUUCAAGCUGAGCGCCACUACCGCCGCCCCUAAGAAGGAAAAGGUGGUCAAGCCCAAGAAGCCUGCAGGUGAGAAGAAAGUGACCAAGACUAAGGCUGCCAAGCCCAAGAGGGCUACCGGCGAGAAGAAGGUCGCUAAGCCAAAGAAGGCCGUGGCUGAAAAGAAGGUUGCGAAGAAGCCCGCUGCUCUGAAGAAGGCCAAGUCGCCGAAGAAGGACAAGAAGCCCAAGGUCGCCGCAGCCAAGCCCAAGACACCCAAGGCUAAGAAGGUCGUUGCUAAGAAGCCCGCCGCCAAGAAGGCUGCCCCUAAGAAGGCCGCUGCCAAGAAGGCCUAAGUCUUCUCCAUCUCCUGGGAUCCCCCAACCAGCCCUUUUCAGGGCUACCAAAUAAUUCAUUUCAAAGUUCAAAAGCAAAGUUUACACUUAGCCAUCUCACUCAUUCCGGCUACGGCCCCAUGGGUGUUCUCAUAAUAAAAAUCUGACGUAUGUCGUGCUCUCUUCGGAGAGUACGUUUUCCAUAUAUUAUCAUGUACAUGCUUAGUAUCUAUGCUAAUUAAGAAAAUGCCAUCAAACUGAUUCCCUGCCUGAGAAUGGGAUUGCUCGGCCGGCUAACAAAAUGCGUUCCUCCUUGCAUUACAAUUAGAUGGACGCAUUUUUAUCCUCCCUGUCCCUGUAAGACCGUGUGCCCGGUGCCCCCUCCUUCAGAUGGAUUUAAUAUAAGCGUCCAUCGGGCCGAGAGUGGCUAAUUUUUUCGAAUUCCGAUGAGCAGUUCCAGGCGAAUUGAAUUUUUGGGGUGACACUUGUAAUGUUUGCUUACAAAGUAAUUGUUAAUAAUUGGAGAUAUUCCAGAUUUGAAUCUCAGGAAAGGGGGACGUGGUCUAGAGUUGCAGUUCACUUUUCAUUCGCAGAACUCG